CACACACACACACGCGCGCGCGCACACACACAGACAGGAAACUUGUGUAAAUCAGCCAUGAUCGACAUUUAAACUCUGUUAAGUGAAAUGGCUGUAAAGUCUGAGUUUGAUCGGUAAAGUUUGAGGAUUUAAUCGCUUGUGGAAGUGAAAGAGAAGCAGAGAGUCACUUCAGAAGAUUGGGGCUCAUUCUGAGCUCCAGUGUUUCUCAUCUUCUGAAGUGAGCUAAGAUGAGCAUAACUAGUGAUGAAGUCAACUUUCUGGUGUACAGAUAUCUGCAGGAGUCAGGUUUCUCUCACUCGGCGUUCACAUUCGGCAUUGAGAGUCACAUCAGUCAAUCAAACAUCAACGGCUCUCUGGUUCCUCCUGCCGCUCUCAUCUCUAUAUUACAGAAAGGACUUCAGUAUGUGGAGGCUGAGAUCAGCAUCAAUGAAGAUGGCACAGUGUUUGACGGUCGGCCGAUUGAGUCUCUGUCACUCAUUGAUGCUGUGAUACCAGAUGUUGUCCACUCGAGGCAACAGACGGUCAAAGACAAAGUCACCCGACAUCAGCCGACCAACACUACACAAUCUCACUCCAUGAAGAACGGCAACGUCUCAAUCAAUGGUGAUGAGAACGGCACUCAUGAGGACCUCCAUAAUCACAUGGAGUUUAUGGAGUCGGAUGGUGAGAUUCAGAUUCCUGCCAGCAGGGCGACGGUGUUGAGAGGUCAUGAAUCAGAGGUGUUUAUCUGUGCAUGGAACCCUGUGUGUGAUCUUCUGGCCUCUGGCUCUGGAGAUUCGACGGCUCGUAUCUGGAGUCUUAAUGGACCGGGCAGCGGCUCGACUCAGCUGGUUCUGCGUCACUGCAUCAGAGAAGGAGGUCAAGACGUCCCCAGUAAUAAAGACGUCACCUCAUUAGACUGGAACAGUGAUGGAGGUCUCCUUGCAACUGGAUCUUAUGAUGGAUUUGCAAGAAUAUGGACAAAAGAUGGAAAUCUCAGCAGUACACUCGGUCAGCACAAAGGUCCAAUAUUUGCUCUCAAAUGGAACAAGAAAGGCAACAGUAUAUUGAGCGCUGGAGUCGAUAAAACGACAAUCAUUUGGGAUGCACACACAGGUGAAGCCAAACAGCAGUUUCCAUUUCACUCCGCUCCGGCUCUGGAUGUUGAUUGGCAGAACAACACCACGUUUGCCUCCUGUAGUACAGACAUGUGCAUCCAUGUGUGUCGUCUAGGAAGUGAACGACCGCUCAAGACCUUUCAAGGGCACACGAAUGAAGUGAAUGCCAUUAAAUGGGAUCCAUCAGGAACACUGCUGGCUUCUUGUUCAGAUGAUAUGACCUUAAAGAUCUGGACCAUGAGACAGGAUUCAUGUCUGCACAACCUCGAGGCCCAUAACAAAGAGAUUUACACCAUCAAAUGGAGUCCUGCAGGUUCUGUGUAUAACGCGCUGUUGGCCAGUGCAUCUUUUGACUCAACGGUUCGAUUAUGGGAUGCUGAAAGAGGACUUUGUGUUCACACGCUGACUAAACAUCAGGAGCCCGUCUACAGCGUAGCGUUCAGUCCUGAUGGAAAGUUCCUGGCCAGUGGCUCUUUUGAUAAAUGUGUCCACAUCUGGGACACUCUGAGCGGAUCUCUUGUGAACAGCUACACGGGAACAGGUGGAAUAUUUGAAGUUUGCUGGAAUAGUGUUGGAGAUAAAGUUGGCGCGAGCGCAUCGGAUGGUUCAGUCUGUGUUCUUGAUCUACGGAAGUAGCGUUUGACUGAUCUGAAGGUUGGAUUUCACAGUUGAUGGCCUGAACUGAAUGAAUCCAAAAGAUUAAGAUCUGAAGAAACAAAACCCAAAUGUUCAAGAAGCAAACUGAGAGGACAAGGCGAGCAGAUUGUGUUUGUGCUGUUCAGUAAAUGUGACGCUCGGUCUCGUGAGGGGUCUGUGCAUUAAUGGAUGGGCUCAAAUAUGGCUGUUUAUUGGGUUUUUACAUGUGGAUGUUUUGUUUGGGUCAGUUUAUUUCUCUGAUCGGAUGAGAAGAAGAAGCUGUGAGUAAUGUCAGCGGAGAAGAAACACUUCAUGUCUGCUGCAGACUUCUGUCAGAUUGAUUUCCAUCUUAAAUGAGCGAAUGAAAAUUCAAUUCAGAAAAUAUUUGAUGAAGAUGUUUGAUUCUGCGAUAUGUGUCAUAUCUCCAGUGGAUGUACAUUUAAUGAAUGUAAAUUGUAAAUUAGCUAACAACACAGAUUUUAUAAACUGUGUAAAUAUGUCUAUAACAGAGUCGGCCUUCUUUAAAGCUUGAAACUGUUGAAUACUCGGUUUUGUAGUUUUUGUAGACAUCAUGUCUGCUGGCUUGGCAGCACAGUGUAGUGAUGUUUAAACCGAGCUGAUAAAAACUCAAAUCAUCUCAUGAAAGACAGAGAGAGAAAGUCAAUGGCAUGUUUACAUGUGUAAAAUCAGGUCAAUGUGCCUACGAGUCUUAUUCAGAUUAUUGGCCAGAAGUGGUGGAGUUAAUCUGAAUAAACUAGUUUAUGACCAGCAUUUUGGGUUAAUUGUUGCCUGAUUCAUUGGUUUGUCCUGCUGUAUUGUUUGUUUUUUACUGUAAUUGAGGCCUGACAUCAGCUUUACUGAUACGAUAACAUCAGCAGUCAUCAUGUUUCAGCUUUAUUUCCAGCUCUGCUCAGGACUCGGCUUUUUAACGUACAUGUUUUUUUUUGUACAUAUUUUCCUGAUGGUAGAAUCAGUUUUGUUUUCUUUGAUAACAUUAAAAGUCAUGACAUGUUGAAGUAUGAAUGUCCAGCAGUCUGUGUCGGAGAGAGAAAUGCUUGGAUUGGAUGUUAAUGUUUGCAGUUGGGUUGUGUUUGUUUGUUUGUUUGUGUGUUUGUUGUGUAUCUGCCCUGUUGCUGAGGUUUAAUCUGUUUUAUAGACAGACAUGUAUCUCAAUGUCUUGCACAUGAUGGUUCAAUAAAUCACUUUAUUUUGAUAUUACAAA